AUGCCGCCGUCGGAAAUCUAUCGGCCAUCGCGCCGCGAAGGGCGCAGCGCUGUCACUACGGCUCCCAACACCGAGAAUACCGUUGUGCGCUCCGACAUUCCAUCGACUUCUCACUCUCCAAGCCGGCACAAUGAUGGUCAGUCUCAGCCAGACGCCGAAGCCGGCGGCCUGUCGCGACAGCCCUCGGAACUGACCAUGUCUAUGUCUUCAGAGUCCUGGGUCGAGGUGUCGUCCCGUCCAUCAUCCUCAUCGCUCUCCUCCAUCGGCGGCGAUGAGAUCGUUACAACCGGCCUGCGCGUCGGCUCCGGCACCUACCCGCGUCGCCGGCGACCACAGAACGCGAUGCCUGCGUCCUUCAUUGUCGGUCACUCCGACGCCAACACCAGCGGCGCGACAAGCAGCCAAGACGAGUACGAAGAGUCCGAGAGCGAGGAAGACCGCGUCAUGACCAGCUCGAAUGAAGCCAUCCACCCAACCGCCAGCACGAAUCUUCUCUCCCAUCGGCGGACAACCUCUUCUCGCAACGCCUCCGCCGCCGUCGAAACCGACUCCGACAGCGACGACGACGACGACGGCACCGCCCUCGGCCCGGCCUCCAGCCCCACGCCCGUCUUCCGCCCCCAACCAAACGCCUUCUCUCAUCCACCCAGUCACAUGCUGAACCAUUCCUCAGCUGCCGCUAGCAGGAGUAGCUCCUAUCCCUACAGCCAAUCAGCCCCCUCCUCGCGACCCGUCCAUUACCGUUCGCAUAACAACUCCCGUCGCUCGCCCCCCGAUUUCUUGAGUCCAUCUUACCAGGCCGAUAAUGAUGCUGCGCUACGCGCCUCGCUGACGACGCUGCUUUCCUGCGCGGCUGCUGCGCGUAGUUUGCCGAAAUAUAAUACCGCCACCAACACUAACAACAACAAUAACAAUCCUGCUACCAUCAGCGAUGAUGAACGCCGCGCCCUCGGUGCAGCAAUCCUCCCUCCGACCACCCAGCCAAUGGAACUCCGUCUUGUACCGGAAUCGGAGCUCAUGGCCGAGCACGACGACGGGGCCCCACCUCCCUCCGGCCCGGCCGCUCCCAAGGCCCCACAGCAGGUCCCAUCCCGAACCGGGACCCGCACUUCAACCGGCUCGUCGCCUGCCCUGUCGCCGACGAGACUGCACCCUUCGGGGGAGAAGACUAAGCGCUCUGCGACAGUACAGAGUGCGAGGUCAAGAGGCACUGGUAGGAGGAAGGCGUCCGGGGCUGUUACCCUCGAAAGGAAUGCAUCCCAAACAUCCUUCUUCUCAUCCCUCUCCCCGUCGGUUCUAACGUGGGCCGUCUCCGCUGGCGUGGUCGUUCUCGUGUCUGUGGUGGGCUUCGGCGCGGGGUAUAUGAUUGGUAGAGAGGUGGGCAGGCAGGAGGGCGCUGCUGGUGCUGCUUCGUUUACUGCUGGGGGAGGUUCGGGAGGGGCUGGGUUGGUUGGGAAUGCGACAUCCGCUGCUGCGGCUGCUGGGUCUGGAUGUGGCAGUGAGUUGGUGAAGAGCAGCUCGGCGGGAGGUGCGCUGAAGAGGAUACGAUGGGUGGGAGUUGUUGGGAAGGGCGUUGCUGCUUGA